AUGUUUAAAUACUUCCUGAACGGGGAAUCGAACCCGGAUCUGUCGGAAAGAAUAUAUUUAGCCACAGUUCGGAUUUUUUUCUCAUUUGAAAUUGCUGAAAUUUCUCAUUGCGUUUAUUGUUUUGAUGUUCUUAUUGAUUAUUUUGAUAAAAAUCAUUUUCCUGGUCGGGAAUUAAUAAGAAAAGAUUAUAAUGAUACUUCUCAUAUGCCAACUAACAGGUCAUUUUUGAAUAAUGAUAUUUUAUUUCCUUUGUUUGUAACUUGGAAUAUAAUAAGUUCUUCAGGACAUAAGAGUUUGCGAGGAUGUAUUGGUACAUUUAAGCCUCAGCCGCUAAAACAUGGAUUGCGUUAUUAUGCCUUGACAUCAGCUUUGAAUGAUACUCGUUUUCCUCCUAUUUCAGAACAAGAAUUUAUAUUAUUUGGUGUAACUUUAUUAACGAAUUUUGAAAUUAUUGAGGAUCCUUUGGACUGGAUUAUUGGUAUUCAUGGUCUUCAGAUAUCUUUUUUUUAUAAAAACAAGUAUAUGAGUGCAACGUAUCUUCCAUGCGUUGCUAAAGAGCAAAAUUGGAGCAAGGAAGAGACAUUAAAUAAUCUUUUUGUAAAGGCUGGUAUGAAUGGAGAUGUUUUUGAUUGGAAAAAUCUCAAUAUGAAAGUAAUAAGAUAUCAAGGAUCAAAGGCCGAAUGUACAUAUGAUGAAUAUAUGAAGAUUAUAUCAUAA